AACUUCAGAGGGAUUAGAAAACCAGGAUAUGAAAAUGGAUGCAGUUGUAGAGACCAAUGAGAAACGAUCCCCAGACACUCAUGUUUCUGAGGUUUUAACUUCAGAGGGAUUAGAAAACCAGGAUGUGAAAAUGGAUGCAGUUGUGAAAAUGGAUGCAGUUGUAGAGACCGAUGAGAAACAGUCCCCAGAUGCUCAUGUUAUGGAAGCUGGGGUUAGCGAGACUAUUGGAGAGGAGUCUAAUGCUUUCAAUCUUGUUGUAGAUUUGAAUCCGUAUAUGACAACGGAUGAGAAUGUCAAAUCAGGUGCCUCAAGGCCGGAAUUUCAUGUCUCUGAUCUAGUAUGGGGUAAAGUUAGGAGCCAUCCUUGGUGGCCUGGGCAGAUUUUUGAUCCUUCAGAUUCGUCAGACAAGGCAAAGAAGUAUUUUAGAAAAGAUGGUUAUCUGAUAGCGUAUUUUGGAGAUCAAACAUUCGCUUGGAAUGAAGAGGCACGGAUAAAGUCUUUUAGGGGGCAUUUCUCGCAAAUGGAGAAGCAGAGCAAUAAGGAAGAAUUCCACUAUGCUGUUGUCUGUGCUUUGGAAGAGAUUUCCAGACGCGUAGAGUUUGGGCUGGCCUGUUCCUGCACAUCAGAAGAAGUGUAUGCCAAACUCAGAACUCAGAUAAUAGCUAAUGCCGGAAUCAGGGAAGAAUCGAGUAGAAGAGUUGGUGGGGACUAUUCUUUGACUGCUGAUUCUUUUGAACCUGUUGAACUUGUUAAUUAUAUUAAAGAAUUAGCUCAAUCGCCACGUGGUGAAGCUAACAGACUUGAACUUGUAAUAGCACGGGCUCAAUUGUCAGCCUUCUAUCGUUGGAAGGGUUAUUCUCAGCUGCCUGAGUUCAAUAUGGUUGGUGCUCUGUUGGAGAGUGAUGCGGACAUUCUACCAAUUGGGGAGAAGAGAAAUCACAGUGAGUUGAAUGAGAAUGCUAUUCCGGAUAUUGACAAUGAGAAGCCGUUGGCUUCUGGAAAAGGAAAGUCGAAGAGUCAAUUAAGCUCUUCUGGUAAGCGAAAGCACAUCUCUGGGGAUAGUACGUCCCCCAGUAAAAAAAAGAAAAAAGAGAAGAGUUUGUCCCCCAGUAAAAAGGAGAAAAAAGAGAAGAGUUUGCCCCCCAGUAAAAAGGAGAGAAAAGAGAAGAGUUUGUCCCCCAGUAAAAAAGAGAGAGAAGAGAAGAGUUUGUCCCCCAGUAAAAAAGAGAAAAAAGAGAAGAGUUUGUCAGAUUUGCUCACUGAGAAGAGCUUGCGUACUUCAAAUGGUGAAAAUGGAUCAAAAAAGAAAGAUGUUGGUAAGUUGCUUUCAAAAUUGUCUGGAAAGAAACGCAAGGCAGUUGAUGGUACGUCUGAUGACUCUUCUGUGAAAGAUGAGAAGCAUCAUCUGUCAUCAGGGUCUGCUGAUAAGCCUGUACAGACCAGGCAAACUUUUAAAGUUGGAGAUAGCAUUCGUCGGGCUGCCAGCCAACUGAAUGGGUCAAGUCCAAUACUCAAGUAUGGUGAUGGAAUUUCUCAAGAUUCUGCGGACAAGAAUAAAAGCAAACAAAAUCCUAGCUUGGGGAGAUCCCACAUUAGUGAGCUCACAAAAAUUGAGGUUUCCUCUCCUGAAGAGAUGCUGUCACAGCUCUGCUUGGCUGCCAGACAUCCCAUGAAAGGAUACAACUUUUUAGUUUCUAUUGUUAGCUUUUUCUCAGGAUUCCGGAAUUCUGUUAGCCGGGAUGAUUCUAAUUUCAUGGAGCGUGAAUGGUGUUUGAAACGAGUCUUCGGUGGGAAAACUGGAAAAAGAUCAAGAAAGCGAGGAAUCAAUGAAAAAUCCAAGUUGGAGACGAGCGACUCUUACUGGACUGACAGGAUUAUCCAAAGCCUACCUGAAGAGCACUCGUCACUUGAGAAUCAGAAUGAAGCAAGAGAGAUUCUGCCUGAGACUCCAAGUGAAAAGGAUUGUUCUGCUAUUGAACCACUAGUAGCUUUUGAAAUGAGUCUGAAUAUGGAUUCUAAGCAACAAAGUUUUGGUGAAAAUCUUGGAUCAGAUGCAGUGAAGCCAGUGGCUCACUUGGAGGAGAGCUUUAGGCCGGAUCCCUCACCGACGGCUCUUAUUCUGAACUUUAUGGACAUGGAUGCUGUUCCUUCAGAAGCAAAUCUUAAUAAGAUAUUUAGCCGCUUUGGGUCAUUGAAUGAUUCAGAGACUGAAGUUAUAAAGAAGAGUAACCGAGCCAAGGUGGUUUUCAAGAGACGUGCUGAUGCAGAGACGGCUUUUAGCAGUGCUGGGAAAUUCAGCAUUUUCGGACCUUCACUUGUCAGUUAUCGACUCAAAUAUUUGUCCUCUACACCAAGUAAAGCUUCUCCCAGUACCAAAAAGCGAGGCAGAAAGGAUACAACAUCAGAGGAAGGCAAUGCGGUUUGAUGCUUUGAACUCUCUUAACUAGAUGUUGAUUCAGCGUUUAGGUAUUCAUCAUGAAUCAAGUAUGAAUGUACUGUUGGUUAACUGAAAUGCGGUUAGCAAGCAAAUAGGUGAGUAGUUGACUUGGAUAUGAUUGUGAAAAUGUGUAGGAAGCAGACUCAAUCAAAUGUAUCUAACCAGUUGGUUAUUUUUUAAUUGACUCUUAGAAAGUUCUACAUUUUCAGUAAUUGGGUUCUUUGCCUGAGAUUUUAUUAGGCCAUGAUGUUGGGGCCUGUCAAGGCUUUGGAGAUUCUGGGUUUCAUUGGUUGUUUAGAUUUUUCAGUAUACCUCAAUUUAAGGUUUUAUAAUAUAGUCUUGUCCAUCUUGUCUUA